UGAAGUUUUCAUUAGAAUUAUUAUUAUUCUUUAUAUAUAUGCAUAAUCAUUUUUUCAAAUAAAACAAAAUUUAAUUGAUCAGACUUUAUAUCAUAAUUGUUAAUUGUUAAAAACUGUUAAUUAUAUCAUAUUCAAAAAUUUAAAUGAAGGAACGAAGAGAGAUAAAAAAUAUGAUUUUCGCACCAUUAGAUGUGUUUCUUUUUUACUGUCUCGUUAUUGAUAAUAGAACGCGUUGAAAAAUUGUAUAUUAUUAUUAUAUAAUAUAUUAUUAAAUUAUAAUUAUUUUUUAAUAAACAUAACUGUAAUAAUAAAAAUAAUAAAUUUUUAUUGAGAUUUUGUAAUAACAUUUUCAAUAAAGUCUACAGUUACUCUCACAAAUAUUCGAACACCGUAAUGAUUGCAAAAUUAUCGUUUCAUAUAGUUAUUUAUCCUAUGUUUACUGAAUCCAUUUUGUUGUAAUAGGUUAAAGUAUUUAUUCCAAUACAUAUAUGUACAAAAAUAUAUACUUUAUUUUUUAUUGUUUUAUACAUAUUAAAUUUUAAUCAAAAUUAAAUACAGUUCAAAAAUGUUUGGCCACUUAACAGUUCAUAAUUAUUUGAUAAUACAUAAACUAAACUAUAACAAUUGUUCAAUAUUUUGUUAAUUGUCCCUUUUGUUUAAUUAUUUUUCUUACACGCUUAGGCAUAUGAAAAAUUAUUUUUUCUAAAUAAUUUUGCGGUAUACGUCCCCACUCUUCUAUUGAAUGAGUUUUCAUAUGUUUUUUUGUUUUUAUCGGCGUUAUUUUAAUGUUCCAAUCCAGUAAAUCCCAUAAGUUUUUUAUGGAAUUUUAGUCCGUUGACUAUGGAGGAGGAUGUAACGCUUUUGUACGUAUGUGUAUUGAAGUACUUCAACCUAUUACAACAAAAUAAAUUCGUUAAGCAUAUGAAUAAAUAUAUGAAGCAAUAAUUUUGUUAUCAUUACGUUAUCCGAAUAUUUAUGAGAUUAAUUGUAUAUAUGUUAUUAGAGGGAAGUUAACUUUUUGACCUUGCGCAUAAAAGCUUAGUAAUGCGAAUAUAUAGCAUGCGAUUAGAUAUACGUAAAUAAUAGGAAAGAAGACAUUUAGAACAUAAUACAAAUUUGUUAUAGCAGAAGUACAGUAAAUCUUUAUAAAAACAAUGUAUAAUGUCAAAUUUGUAAACAUUUCUGAUCAAAACAAGUGUGUUAUUUAAGCAUUUACUGUGACUUAUUUCACCAAGAAAAUCAAGGAACAUUAUUACAUUCUAAUUAAGAUGACAACGAUUUUUCUAUAUAUUUUUAUCAUUUGUACUUUAAUUUUUGAGGUUGCACUUUUGACGCUUUUUCCGAAUAUUCAAAUAAUUGAACAAUUUAUAUCAAAGUAUCGUCAUGGUUCUAAUAAUGAAACAUACAAUCCAUAUAUCGAUCUUAAUACUCCGCAAAUUAUACGAAAAGAAGGUUAUCCUUCCGAGGCACAUGUUAUAUCUACGGAGGAUGGUUAUCUUUUAACGCUUCAUCGAAUUCCGGGAAAAUUCAAAUCACAUCCAGUAUUAGUGCAACACGGUUUAUUAGGGAGUUCCACUGAUUGGGUACUUACUGGUCCAAAAAAGAGUCUUGCUUUUAUAUUAGCCGAUCAUGGAUAUGAUGUAUGGCUUGGUAAUUUUCGUGGUAAUACUUAUUCAAAAGCACAUAAAAGUUUAUCAAUAAAAGAUUUCAGAUUUUGGGAUUUUAGUUGGCAUGAAAUGGGUAUAUAUGAUCUACCAGCGAUGAUAUCAUAUAUUACAAAUCUGAAACAAAGCAAUUUGACAUAUAUUGGUCAUUCUAUGGGAACAACAGCAUUUUAUAUAAUGUCCGCCCUGAUACCAGAUAUUGCUAGCAAGGUUCAAAUGAUGUUUAGUCUUGCCCCAGUUGCUUAUAUGAAACAUAUGAAAAGUCCUCUGCGUUUGCUAGCUCCUUUUGCACAUGAUUUAAAGUUGAUUAUAGAUAUUUUAGGUAACAAUGAAUUUCUUCCACAUAAUGAGUUAAUAGAGUAUUUUGCCAAAUAUGGUUGUGAUAUUAAUAUCUUGGAACAUAAAAUAUGCAGCAAUAUAUUAUUUGCCCUUUUCGGAUUUGAUAAAUCUCAGUUCAAUUAUACAUUAAUACCUGUAAUUUUUGGACAUUUGCCAGCUGGUGCUUCAACUAAAACAAUGGUACAUUAUGCACAAGAAAUACAAUCUGGAAAGUUUCAGCAAUUUGAUUAUGGACCAAAACAAAAUUUAAAAAUUUAUAAUAGCGUAGAACCACCUGAUUAUGAUACAUCUAAAAUUUCAGUGCCUAUAGUAUUAUAUUAUGCCAACAACGAUUGGUGUGCGAGUGUUACAGAUGUUCUUAGAUUGUCAAGAGAAUUAAAAAAUGUUAUCAAUCAAUAUAAAAUACCUUAUAUAAAGUUUAAUCAUCUAGAUUUUUUAUGGGCUAUAGAAGCGCCGGAGUUAGUUUAUGAUAAAAUACUAAGUACAAUGAAAGGUAGCUAAAGUAUAAAGACAGUAAAAGAAACAUAUUAAUAGAUGUAUCAAAGAUUUAUGCUUUUAUUUUUUUUCAUUAAAAUUUUUAUGACAUUGUAAUAAUUAACUUACAUGAGAAUUAUUGAAAGUAUUAGAAAAUAUACAUAAUUAAUAUAAUAAUAUAAAAACUAAAAUAAAAUUAAAUACGCAUAAGUAGUCUAUAUAAGUAGUCUAUCUUAUUAAUCGACAGUAUACAUGUUUAUACUUCAACAUUUUUUAUUUUCAUUGAAUCUUAUUGAAAAAAGUAUGAUCAAUCGAAUAGAAAAAUAGAUAUCGAUCGAUCUUUAAUUGUUCGGUCGAUAUCUCUCUUUUUUAUCGAGAGAGGCACUAUAAAAAUUUCGUUGCAGUUAAAGUAAUGAGAUUUUACUUAUUGUUUAUUAGAUACGGAAUACAAAUAUUAGAAAGUUCUAUUUUUUAUUUGCUCAUAUAUAUUAAUAUUCAUGUCUAAACUUUCACUUUUUAUGUAACGAUUGGAGGUUUUCAUGAUAUUGCUGUAACAAAAAUGACAUGCUCAAUAAAAUAUUUGAUUUAAAUUGUUUGAUCAUCUAAAUGAUCUUUUAAGCUAAUCAUUUUAUUUUAUUUUUCAUUAUCAUUCAAGUGGAACGAAAUAUAUUUAUCUUUCUCUAAUUCUAUCUAUAUCUUUCAUCUAUUCAUAAAUAUUUGAUUUUAUAGAUUUCGGAAAUUCGGAAUAAUACAAAUUUUUCUUUGUUUUUGAGAAUUUAUAGCAUUAUCGCGAAAAAUUUAAGUAUAAAUGGGUACCAUGGAAUCGAUUAAAUGCUUUAGAUAAUAACGAUAAACCGUUUAAUAUAAUACUAUAAGUAUAUUGUGAUAAUAAACAUGAUGAAGUUGAAGAUAUUAGAUAUCGAAAUGUAACACCUGCUACGGAUUAUAAAUUUUUUUAUUUUAUUGAUUAGUAUCUAACAGUAUGAUUUACAAAUAAUUUUUUGAUCUCGAUAAUCGUAUUUGAUUUCAAACAACACGAUUAGUGAUAAUAAUCUGUCAAAUUUUUCUGACGUGAAUCUUUUCAAAAUUAGAUCUUAGAAAAUGUUGCCAUCAUUUCUUUCAAUGUUUUAUACUUUAAUAGUAAAAUAGUUAUAGAAAUGUAUUUGAUUUCGAGAAUUGAUACGAGAGUAGGAUAGGAUCUCAAUGCGGAUUACAAUCUAAAUCUUCUCUGCAUUUAGUAUAUGGCUUUUGGUCCGUCGAAUGUUUAUUUUCAAAAAAGAGAAUAUUUUGUGAUAUUAAUUUCCAACCUUACAUUAUAAUCGAUUUAAAAUCAAAGUUAUACGAUAUUGUGAAUUUGAAACGUCUAAAAUUGGUAUAAGCAUAUUACAAUAUAUAUGAGAAAAAAAAUGUCAUUAUAUCGUAUGACAGUUUUCACUUUAUUAAUAAUAAAAUUUUCUAAUUUGCUAACGUAGUAACAAUCGCACGAUGAAAAAUAAAUUUCAGAAGUACCU